CAUUGUAUAUAAGUGCAUAUAUAUUGCUAUUGCGUGAUACUUGAUUCAAUAAUUUCAUUCAUUUAUACGUGUGAAUGAAUAUUUGUUUUAUUCAUUAGAGAUAGGAAAAUUAUAAAAAUGGUGAUUGCUAUCGGAUUCGAAGGUAGCGCAAAUAAACUGGGCGUAGGAAUAAUUCGCGAUCAACAAGUAUUGUCAAAUGUGCGACAUACCUAUGUUACUCCACCGGGAGAAGGUUUCUUACCUCGAGAAACGGCGCAACAUCAUAGAAAACAUAUAUUAGAUGUUUUGCAAAAGGCCUUAGAUGAAGCAAAGAUUAGCAUGAAGGAUGUAGAUGUUGUUUGUUACACAAAAGGACCAGGAAUGGGAGCGCCAUUGACAGUUGCUGCUUUAGUAGCUAGGACUGUUGCCCAGUUAUAUAAUAAACCUAUAGUCGCAGUCAAUCAUUGUAUUGGUCAUAUUGAGAUGGGACGUUUGAUUACUGGAAGUGAAAAUCCUACUGUUUUGUAUGUUUCUGGCGGAAACACUCAAAUUAUUGCAUAUUCUCGACAAAGAUAUCGUAUUUUUGGGGAGACAAUCGAUAUAGCAGUAGGAAAUUGUUUGGACAGGUUCGCGAGGUUAUUAAAACUCUCAAAUGAUCCCAGUCCUGGAUAUAACAUUGAACAGUUAGCAAAAAAGGGUAAGAAACUGGCACCACUACCAUAUGUUGUGAAAGGGAUGGAUGUAUCGUUCUCUGGUAUCUUAAGCCAUAUAGAAGAACAUUUAUCCAAAUGGCUCGAUACAAAGGAAUUUACUCCUGAAGAUUUAUGCUUUUCCUUGCAAGAAACCGUGUUUGCCAUGCUUAUUGAAAUUACAGAGCGCGCGAUGGCGCACGUGAGAUCGAACGAAGUGUUGAUCGUGGGUGGCGUGGGAUGCAAUGAAAGACUGCAGGAAAUGAUGAGUGUCAUGUGUAAAGAAAGAAAUGCAACUCUUUACGCGACGGAUGAGCGAUUUUGCAUAGACAACGGCGUUAUGAUCGCAGUCGCUGGAUUGCUCCAAUACAAGUGCGAGGGAGGUACUCCUUGGACACAAACUACUUGCGUUCAGAGAUACCGAACGGACGACGUUCAUGUUUCCUGGAGAGAAUAAAAUAAUAUUUUCAAAUUAUGAUACGGCAGAGUCUGUCGACCGAGUCGACGGAAGGGGCUGGACCGAUUUACGGAUGAAGCUGAAGAGGGACACCGUGGACGAGGAGGAGGAGGACGAAGAAGAAGAAGAAGAAAGAAGAAGAAAACGAGAGAGACACCGCUUGUCUUCGGCGAACAGACAGGCGAACGGAAG